GUAACAUAAAUCGAUACAUAAACGAAACCCUUGUUUAGGAUCACUGUCUUCUUCUAUCUCUAAAAUAUGCGGUCACCGUCAAGAACAUCAGGCACAUUGGUGGAAAUAGAGAAUAAUAGAAGAUCCAAUCAGGCAAGAAGGCUCCACUUUAAGAGAUCAUCAUCAUGGGCUGAUCUUCCGCAAGAACUUCUUGAGAUUAUUUCUAGAAGUCUGAAUAUAGUAGACUAUCAAAACCUUGGUCAAGUUUGCAGAAGCUGGAGAUUGUUUUAUUCAGAAUUUAAGCAGAGUUUUUUGACAUCUCAUUCACCACUUAUUGUUUAUUCAUCAGCACGAGCUAAGAAGUAUUGCCAUUUCUUUGACAUAGCUACUCGAAUGAAAUACAAGACUAAGCUGCCUCGAUAUCUUUGCAACUUCAAGUUCUGUCUUGGUGUUUCAAGUGGAUACUUAAUCAUGCUCUCUCUCAAGAAAAAAGAUGUUUCAAGGGCUUUAUGGGUUAUAAAUCCUUGUACAGGACAUCAAAUCCAAUUCCCUUGCAUGCCUCGGCCUCCUCAUAUUAAUGAUUGUCGUGACUCUGGCAUCUUCCGUAGCAUCUUUGCUUCCUUCGGAUCUCAAGGUCAAGAAUUUCUUAUUAUGAUUCUUUAUAAGCAUGGCUCAAGCUUGCAGUUCUGUACUUCUAGAGAUAACAAGUGGAAAGAAUGCCAUUAUAUUAACAAGGGUUGGAGUCUAUUGGAUAUAGUUGUUUUUGAUGGUAGGAUAUAUGCUCUAGACAGUAACUUUCAGAUUGGGAUAUUCAACCUGAGAUCUUGUGAUCUAAGGUUUUUGGAACUGAAAUUUGCAGCUCGUUUGUGCAGUUAUUAUGAUAAGUGGAUUAGGUUGGUGACUUCAAAUGAUCAGCUAUUUGUAGUUGAUCCUCCUGUAGUUUACAGAAUUGACUUGUCAAGGAUGGAAUGGGUGAAGGUGUAUAAUUUAGGUGAUCAAGCUUUGUUUCAUGGCUACGAUGACAUGAUGUGUUCCAAGGUUUUUGUUGUUUCUCUGAAUCUAGAAAUCACAAUAUAA